AUAGGAGUGAAGGUCCAAAUGGAUCCGUUGGACUUUCUAACGAAGGAGGAGCUGAUUCGGUUCUUUCACUGCAAGAAGACAGAGAUGUCCUGCCUGGAGAACCCACACACAUUCCUGAACCAGCUCCGAGACCACAACCUGCUACCAGAGAAACUCUACCAGAAGGUGAUCAGUAUGAGGUGUAAGGAGAGGAAGAAGGAUGGUGUGUAUCAGAUCCUGGACUGGCUGGAGAAGCAAAGACCCGAUUCCAUUAAUAGCUUUUGGUCAUGUGUGUUUAAGGACCAUAUCCUGCAGCGGUACCCACCUCUACGCCUGCUCAGAAACAGCCUCCUGGAUGGCUCCUUUAGGUUCUAUGAGAACCUUCCUCCCCCUGUGGACCGGACAGAAAAAGAGAAAGAACCCACAGCAGCCCAGAGGAAAGAACCCACAGCCAAGGAGAAGAAAGGAGGAAAAAAGAGAAAGAAAAGUGUUGAUGAGACAGAAGAAGAAGAGGAGCCAGGCCCAUCCUCUCUCUCCACCCCCAAACUAAAGAAACCCACCAACAAGCCCAAGUUCUCUUCUCCAGUAAAGAAAGGAGAGAAGGCGCCUGUUUGGACAUGGGGAAUUUAUAAAACUCAGCUACCUGUUAAAUGUGGAACUAAAGAAGGCACUUUUUAUCGAGAAAAGCUGGCUACAGGGGGUGAGUGUAUUCUGUCGCAGGGCCGCUGGUUUACCCCUACUGGCUUUGAGAAGUUUGCAGGGAAGGAAAGAUGCAGGAACUGGAAACUAAGCAUCCGCUGUCAGGACACUCCACUGCAGAAACUUAUAGAGGAUGGACACCUGCAGCCUCCACGGACAAAGAGACGCUGUGUUAGGAAGAGCCAGAAGGUGCCGAUUACUGUCAGUUCACCUGAGAGCUCCAGCUCCCUUUCAGACUCCAGCAGAGAGAUAGAAGCUUCAGGUGAAGAAGAUCAGGAGGAGCUGAGUGGAGUGGAAGAACUGGAGGAAAGAGAAGGAGACGAAGAAGAAGAAAAUGAGGAUGAUGCAGAAGAUGAUGAAGAUGAGACAGGGCCAGUGGACCCAUCUGUGUUCCAGGCUCCUUCUUUACCAGUCAGCUGUGGCUCUGUGACUGGAUUUUUUUACAAGUGCAGAUUUGCCUCAGGGUUACGUGGUAAAAGCAUCCGCACUGAGGAGCGCUGGUUCACUCCGGAGGAGUUUGUGAAGCACGGGUUAAACCUGACAGACGGGCACUGGAAGAAAGAUAUACGAUGUCAUGGCAAGACGUUUAACUACCUGCGGAAGAAGAAGAUCCUGGAGGUACAUUCCCUGCUGUGUAAAUGUAAACUCUGCGGUUCUAAAGAGCAGGAUCAGCUGGUUCAGGACAAUGAUGAUGUGUGCUUCAUCUGCAACUCUGUGGGUGAUCUGCUUUGCUGUGAUGAAUGCCCAAGAUCUUUCCAUCUUCACUGCCAUUUACCUGUUAUAAACGAUGAAACACUGGGAGACACAUGGAUGUGCACAUACUGCGUGUUGAAGACUUACCAGAGAUGCUGGCACAACGGUCACAUGACCCAGAGAGAACUGCUGGACAGUGACAUUACUCAAUACACAGUGCACUGUGAGUAUUUGCUGUUGUGCCUCUAUAAGGAGGACAUGGAUCAUGUGUUUACUGAAGACCCCAAUCGGACAAUUCCACGCUACAGCAGUGUGAUCUCUAAACCCAUGUGGCUGAACAGAGUGAAGGAGAAGCUGCAGAAUAAAGAUUACAGAACACUGAUCCAGUUUGUGUCUGACAUCCGGCUCAUCUUUCAAAACUGCCACAUCUUUAAUAAGGGUAAUGAGUUUGACAAGCUGGGAUCCAGACUGGGUGAAGUGUUUGAGAAGGCUUUCCACACCAUCUUCAACAUCCAGUAGUAUCACUCCUCAAUCAGGAACCUUCAACUCAUUAUUUUAAGUAAUUUUUUAAGCAUUUGGCACAAAUGCUAAUAAAAACAGAUGGUUUCCUCAUGCUGUUUAAUGACGUACAAAUAUUUCUUUUCCAGUAUUGGGAUUUUUUUUUACAAUGAACUAAUGCCUUAAACAUUGAAGUCAAUCAAUAAUAAACUGCUUGUAAAUAAGUAAUCAGAAGUUUUUGCUUC